CCGAACCGCAUCGCAACGCGAGUAUAGCCACAGCCACAAUGUUUCAAAAAAGGAUUAUCGAACUGAUCACGGUCCUCGUGUACUGGAUGCUCCUCACGCCGUACAUCUACAAGUUCUGCAAAGAUCGCGAUAUUGUGAAGUUUAGUGCAGAUCAUCUUAUUAGUUCCAUGGGUGAUCACUGCACCUUUGCCCUCUGCCUGAUGAUUGGAUACGUGGUCUUCUACCGGGUCGUCAUCUUCAUCUACAUGAAGUUCAAGGUGUGCGACAUUCGCAUGUGGGACGAUCUGAAGCACGCCAAGGAUGAUCCAGAGGCGCACUUUGGCAAGAAGUCACACUACAAGCCUGUUUCCCUGGAGAAUGUGGAUGUGGUGGACUCACCACCAGGAAAGUUAAGGAAGACCAAAAGUAUGGACUCCAUGAAGAAGAAGGGUAUCAAGCAUUCGGCCUCGCCACCGCCAAUGAUCCGAACCAUCAGCAAUCCGUUGCUCAUCGAGAGCGAUUUGGCGCGCAUCCACAUCAAGCACGAGACGCGACCUUUGGAGAGUGCCACCUUGCCCAGACACCAGCAGCUGGCCCAGGUCCAUCCCAGUCCCAAUCCCAGCCUGAGGAGUGCACCACCCGUUCCCUUAAUCGCGAAGAGCGCCACUUUGCCCAACAACUAUGGUCACGGCGUGAUCAUGUCACCCAAGGUUCUGAUGCCCAGACCUGAAGAGGUGUAGACAUUAAUCGCAGUGCAGAAACUACCUUAUAAUAUUUAUUUUUGGAGGUAGUUUAUGUGACAGCAUCAAGUAUUAGCUACUGCCCAAAGAUCGAAUAGAUAAUCGAGAAAUCACACGAAAUUAGUCAAACACCACCACAUACAUUCCCCUGAACUCAUUCCAGUUAGUGAAUUCCUUAGUUAGUGAAUUAUAUUUAUGAAUAAGACUGCUCCUGUUAUCUGUGUUUAGUUAUUUGAAACGCAAACAAACAUUUAUGCGUAAUAAACAUACGAAUAUUAA